UCCGACCCGACCCGACCCGUAUGUUUGCCCUACCAAUUACGGAACGCAAAAUCUACGAACAGAUUCCCUCUUUGCUUAACUGCGCGUCACAAUGACUGAUGCAAAACCUCACUGUCAAUAACGAAAACUCUGCAAUUUUCUUCACACACAAUCAAUAGAGGGAAGCUUGAUUAUGGCGGACAAGAGUGCAGUUGAGAGGGGGAAGGAUGUGAAAGUACCGAUAAGCCCUUCAAUCCCUUCCGGCAACGACACCGCUUGGGUUGACGUUUCGUCUAUCCUCCGGCGAGCCUCCGACGAUAUUCAAAGUGAUGAGCUCAUAAAUGGAGAGAAUUUUAAUCUUUUUGCCGCCAUGUCUGCUUUAGAGAUAAUGGACCCAAAGAUGGAUUCAGGUAUUGUUUCUACAUAUUAUUCUGUUGAUGAAGCCAUUGACAAUGGUGCUGCUCCUAUUCCAUUGAGCUUUGAUAGAACAACCGAUACUCAAUGUGUCAUUGAUAUAAUGGACCAUCUUCUCUCUUGUGAGGCAACAUGGCAUAAAGGAGGGUCAUUAGCUCAAACUGUUUUCUCAUGCAUCUAUCUUUUGAGGCCUGAGAGAACAUCAUCUCAUGCGCUCCUGCAUUCUUUCUGCAGAGUUGUACGGACAACUUGCAAUGCUGUUGUUUCAACUGUUUCAGAUGUCCGCACAAAUGAAGAAGAAGAUCUUUUUGUUAUGGCUUAUGGUCUGCAACUGAAGGCUGAUGGAGAUGAAAAAUGCUUAUCGAUGCUAAAUGCAGUGGAAGAAACACUUGCUCGACAAUUAAAGGCUUGCAAAGCUCUAUCGUCUAAAAGGAGAGUUCUAGAAGAUAUAGAGCCAUUGCAAGGUAAUCUCGAUUUUGAAGAAGGGUUUUGCAGAGCUGUUUUGUGCCGCUUACGCUUCCGUAAGCACUUUUACCAUGUGCUAACAUGUAUGAGGAGACCUCAAGGCAAAGGCUUGGAGGUUGCUAAGAAGCAUAUCCUUUCCUGCCUAUCGGAGCUGGAUUCCAUGCUGAAAUCAGAAGAAUUUCUGAGGCACACCUAUGCAUGUGGAAUUUCAGAGGAUGGGCUAGAAGAUAAAACAACUGCCUCCGGUCGUCAACCAAUUGGAUUCGAUUCUACGUUAAACAGUAGGUCAGCAGCCCCAACUCCACCACGUGCUAUUAAACUACUCAGUUGGAAAAGGGCUGUUAAUUAUUUCCAGAAGCUUCUCCAUGAUCUAGAAAUUAUAUGUUCCAACUCUUUGGAUCCUGUAUUUGAAAGUGCCUUGCGCUUUGUGGUUGAUUUUCAGAAGUUCGAACCAGAUUUGGUUGCUAGAGCUCAUAUCCAGCAUCUGCUGGUACAAGAUGGGAAGCUCUAUGGAUGUGAACCUAUUUUUUCUGUUAUCUGCAAGGCUGCCCUAUUACCUGAAGGGGCAAAGAAUCAUGAACUUCAGAAGAAUGAAACUGUUGUGCAACUAGGGCAGUUAGUAAUCAAUUUGCUUAGAGUUCUCUGUACUAACACUGCAUGGCAAAGGCGUAAGCUUGGGAAGAUCUUACAGGAUUGGCGAAUAAUAUACGUACAGCUUGAGUUGGCUUUUAGGAAGGAGUUUGGGGAAAUCACAAGCACUUCAACUGAUCAGAAUAUGUGUUUAAAGAUCUGCAAACACAUCCUCAUUUGGGUAGAGGAGCAAACAUAUUCAGUAGCUUUACGUUUCCUCGUACUGGGCUUUGAAUUAGAGCUAUAUGCUACCAGUGAAUACUGCAUGGUGUAUUGGUACAUAUAUGUAAUCCUGAUCAAACUCACUGAGAAAACUCAUCUCAGAAUGAUGCUGAGCAAUGAAUCUACAGGAAGACGGAAAUCGAAAAAGAAGAGAGAUAUCGUGAACGAUAUGGGAAAGGACUACCAAAUUCCACCUACGGUUUUGUUACUUCAGUGCUAUAUCUAUGUUGCAGAAGGUCUUAUGAUGAUGCUUGCUUCUUUAAGGAAUGAAAACAAACUAUUCCUAUGCGUGGGUCCCUUCAACACUGAGCAGGAGAGAUUUAUGCAGCAGUUUGAGCUGUUACAAAAAGCUUUUGUUCCCGAUCACGCCUCUUACUUCUCGUACAGAGAGACUAUAUCCAAUGCUCGUUUUUCCACCUUAUCCAUGCAUAAUUGCUUUAAAGAUGCUCAGAAGAUUGCAAAAGGGCUACAUGGUAAUUUUGCCAACGAUCCAGACAGGAUGGUGGAGCUGCGCCGAAUAGAACAGGUGGCGGAACACAACGCAGUUGCCCUAAACCUUGUUUGCCGGUUAGGUACUCUUGAACCAUCGCUUAAGAUUUCUUUCGAAUUUGUCCACCAUCCACAUUUCGCUGUUGCUUCUGUGAAGAGGUCUUGAUUAUCUCGAAAAAUUUUGAUUUGGAAU